GCCAAAAUGAUUGUUGUCUCAGAAUUUUUGGAUAGUUCAAUUCACGUUUAAAUUACUAUUAUUUGCUUUGAAACCUGGCUAAAAUGAUCAAAAUUUAACAAAAUUAGAUUUAAACAGUGAACAGUGAGUUCUAUCGUAAUAAAAUGCAGUAAAGUUUGUCUAAACGUUGGUAAACAAUAAUCUGUUAUGUGCAAUGAGAGAUAUUGAUUUUUAGGUUAAUGGCUUGUGAUUAAAUACAUACGAAAUAGGUACAAAAGUGUUAUCGUCUGUUUCCAAAUAGAAUUUAUUAAAAUCAUGGUUGUUCAUCGUAGUUCACCGUCUUGGGACUCUAUUCCCGAUCGAUCUGUUUUGGUGGCAGUUAGUCAGAGCAAUUUGGUCUCUUUUGAAAAUGCAUCGCCAGCAUUUAAACACAAUGGCGUUCAGACGCAAUCUGUAGGAGAAUGUUCUCGUAAUACUGUUGAUUGGAAAAACACAUUCAACAUGCGCCAAGUGAUACUGAAUAAUCUUCCGAAUGCGCAUGCUCGGCUGCCCUCUCGGCACCUACAUCAGACCCACUCGAGGGUGCGCGGGAGGGGAGUGACCAAUGCCACUAAAUCUCUGGACAUCCUGAGACAGAAUCUGCAGACAGCCAUCAACAAGGAAAUUGACUGUAUUCUGAAGAAGUAUCUUGAGAAAUUCUUCAAGCCGGCGGUGGAGAACAUCCGAGGCAACCUGGGCAUGGGCAGUGUGACGGAGGAGCACAUGCGCGAGGUGUGUCGAGCUAUGCUGGACGAGGCAAAGCUCAUCUACUCGUCCACCUCGCUGUCACGAGGCAGUUCGCCGUUCAGCGACUCGGAGACGGCCAGCCUCAUCGGGUACACUAGUAGCCCAUUGUUCCGCAAACGCAAAGAAUCAGACACGGACUCUGAUGCUAGCAACUCGAUUCGCAGGAAACGGGCCCCCAUUAAGGACAAGUGGGAUCCUGCCAGGAUCACAAAGAACACGCUUUUCAUCAUGAGCCAGCGAGCUAACAAGGUGUUGGGUCUGGGCAAGAUGCGAGGCCGGCUGCUGAUGAAGCACCCCGAUCUGUUCAAGUACUGCGGCGACGGCGAGGAUCGUGAUUGGCUGAAGUGCAACAAUUUGGCCCCGCCCAUGCCCCUCUCCUGUCCCCCCUACAUCAUGCUGCUAGACGAGAUCAGGGCGCUCACUGAGUCCGAUGAGUACAGAGACAGUCCAAAUCUGGUGAUAGCUGAGCUGAAAGGAUUCGAACUUCCGGAAUUCAUAUUGGCAAAGAUUCGUUUGUACAUGAGUCAGUUCCGCUCCAAAUCAAACUCCAGCCUCACCGAUAUCACUGAAUCUGCAGAGGUUCCCAACAACUCAAGUUUGGGAGUGGAAUGCGUAUCCUCCACUAUGACUCCGCCCGGUAAUGCUCUUGAAUCUGCCCCGUCAACGCCGUCAGAGUCAGCCCUCGACCUUUUGUCGCCACAUGGGGGCAGUUCCGCCUCCAGUCAGCUGACAAUGGACGUGGCCGCCCUGCUGGCUGCCGCCUCCAGUCCCGGCAGCGACCAGUCGCGCGACAACCACGACAGGCACCACGAGCCCUUCCCCAACGCACGCUGGAUAUUCGCUAGCGACUCUGAGUAGAGUCAGAGCCAGGAACAUCAGCGGCUUGGGGAGCACCAUUUGUAACUGAUUUCUGUCCAUCGCAUGUGAUAAACCGACGUAGUAGGAGACAGCGAUAAAUCCAUUCACCUAUCUGCGCAUGCGCGACAAACGGGAGAGAUUGAAGUGAAUUUGAUAGCAAUACUUUGGUUGAAACCAAUCACGGACAAUACAAGUGAUUAGUUUGGUUGGAAUUUGGAUAAAUAAAUAUAUUUAUUUAUCACAGAAUUUGGGUGAGUGUAACAUAUCGCAUAUUCCAGUCCACUUUCAGACAAAAGUCUAGUAUAAUUAUAUACAAUAUACUGUAGUACUAUGCUAUAGUUUUGUCAUUGUUAUUCGAUUUCUUCUUGAAAUUAUUACCAUUAUUUAAGGCAACUGUGAUUUGAUUGCUCAUAACUUUUGUAUUUUUUUUCAAGUUUGCAACAAGCAGCUGCAAAUAUUUCAGUUGCUGUAGAUUUUCUAAUUUUAUUAUUGAUUCAAGAGCAAUAAUUGAGCAAGUAUUAAAGUAAGUAAUGUGAUUCCGUGUUGCAACAAGCGAGAUUAAUUUAAAUCAAGAUCAAUUUUAAUCUGGGAUUAGCAGCAUGCAAAUUGGGUAUGAUUAUGAUUAGCUUAUCCGAUAUAGUUGAUGGAAGCAACGGGAGAUUUUGCUUCAAAUAAAAGAGGAUUUGAAAUGAAAGAUGUAUUUGAAAUUACGUUAUUCUCGAAAUAGUCUAUCUUAAAUGAUGCAAGCAAUCAUUGGAUGUUUUGCAAAUCUAUCAAAUUCAAGAAAUGAAUCUCUUAUUUACUGGACUUAAAAUAAGCUUGCCAAUUAUUUAUCUUCUUAUUGUCGAAAACUUUUCAUUUUUUAGUCUAUAGAUUAGACAUAUGUGUCCAUUAUUAUAAUGUCGUAAUGCCUAGUCCAUGUCUAUUCAAUUAUUUAUUUAGUCACAUAUUUAUUUAUUUAAUAGUACUAUUGUACUAUUAGUUUAUUUAUCUGAAUUAUAGCAUUUUCUAUGCUUUUAUAAAGCUUUAUAUUUUUUAGUCUCUACUUUGGACUCUUCAUUGUAAUGUCUUGAUGCUGAGUUCAUAAAAUGAUGCUCUAUGAAAAUCAUGUUCACUUCAUACUAACGAAUUUCAUUUUGACAACGAUUCAUAAAAUCUAACAAAAAUUUAGUGUUGAAUCUAUAUGUUGAUUCAUUUCUAUCAAUUCAAAAAAGUUGAAAUAUGAUGAAGUUACCCCAGGGGCGUUAGAUAGAAUAUUAAUAAAGCAAUAACGUUUACUACAAAACUGAAUCAAGUGAGAGCAAAUUUAGGCGAUAUUGUUGUGUUUAAGUAUUGAGUGAAUAAUAAGAAUAAAGGGAUAUUCCUGAAAAUAAAAUUAACUAAGAGUGAAUUUAGGCGAAAAUAUUGAAAGAUAGGUUAGGUAAGAUUUUCUCAAAAAUAUGAAAACGUUAGAAACUGAGUUUCAAUUGUUUAAUGGUAUUAAAAACUUGUUUGAAUCUAUUAAGUAUUUAAGAAGAUGGUAUAAUACUAGGAGGAAUUUAUUAACUUGUUAUCUAUCUUUGGGUCUAAUGUUGUUGGAUUUUUUCAGUUAAUAAUAACUGUUUGAGGACAAUAUUUAGAAUUCUAUGUUAUUAAAAACUUAUCAAUAAAAUUCUAUAGUUAUUGAUAUUAACUGAAAAUGGAAGAAAUUUGUAAAAUUAAUGCUGGGAUAAAGCAACGUGAUCUAGUUAUUGGAUGAAAAAUAAUUCUCAGGUGUUGAAAAAUGUAUUAAUUUGUAAGUGUUCAAAUAAUUAAAUUUGUCUUUCGGUAGAAAUAAAUAAUGGGUAGAAUAUUGAAAAUGGGAAACUAAAUUGUUAUAUUGUUGAAAACCGAUGAUAGUGAAGUGUGUAUCAAUUUCAGAAGUGAUAUUUUUUCAUUUUUCACUUAUUUGGAUUAACUUGUACUGUGAUUACAUUUUUCCAUGGCAAUAAUAUAUUUAAAAAUAGAGAAAGCAUUGUUACUAAAUUCUCUAUACUUAUUAUACGGUAUAAAUCCGAGGUUCUUCAUUUGAAUACUAGAAAUACCAUCAAUAGUAGUGUGGUAAUUUUCCUGUUUCAUUUCUAAUCAUUUUUCGAUAUUUAUUCAGGCUUUACAAUUGGUUUCGAUUGUACUGCUAUUUAUUAUUAUUUAUUUAUAAAAUAAGUAGCUGAUGCACUAUUUAUUAUGAUUAUUUGCCUCAUAAAAUGAGGUAUAUAUUAUAUUGUUAAUUAUCAAAUACUAAUUAUUAAAUUAGUCACUGCAUUAGAUGAAUCCUCGUAUUCAACUCAAUUAUUUGACAGUUUGUCCAGUAGAUGUAUAUUAAUAGUCCAGUAUUUAUAGACAAUUAUUUAUUUAUUUACUACUAUUUAUUUAUUUAUUAUUAUUUGUCUCUUAUCAAUUAUCGAAUUCCUAACUGUGCAUUUUUGAAACAUUCAUUAGUCAUUACAUUAGAGUCAUUACAUUAUUUAUUAUAUUAUAAUAUUUCACGUAUUUAGUUCAAUUAUUCCUUAUAUUAGGUUAAUUUUUCCAGUAUAUAUUAUGGACUUGAUCUCAACUCAGUAUUUAAGACUUAACUUUUCACAUUAAUGAAAAUUAUUUUUUAUUUGAGCUAUUACUUCAUCGUUUAUUUUUGUUUUCUACUGGUUAUUUUGCUUGUCACCUAUAUUAAUUUUUGUUUCAAGUUGAACUUUUUGUUAUAUUUUUUGUUUUACCCUGCUUAUUAUGUAAGUUGAACUAUUUAUUUGUUAAUUUUUUUGUUUUGCCCUGCUUACUUUGUAACUUCUUAUGCAAAAAUAAAGCCAAAGUUUAUUAUGUCCAUCAAAGUUUUAUUUUUUGAAACGACCUUUAUUUUUAACAACAAACCCACCAUAUCAAUUUUGAAAUAAGUAGUUAGAAUCCUACCAAACAAAGAUCUCAAUGUUCAAGAAAUCGUUGUCUAUUCUCAAUAAAUAUUAAUUAGUAUAGAACUCUUAGAAUCUAAUUCUAGAAAUAUUCAAUUCUUAGAAUUGGAAAGUUGGUGUAUUUUUUGUCGUACUUCUCUCUUCCACUCUUUAUAUCUAUCUCUCUUAGAUAUAAAAUUCUACAAUAAUUUUUAUUCGAUGUUCAAACUCUAUUCCUGCAUGUUGAGCUGUAUAGAAUGUAGGCCUAGAGCUAAUAAAUUUAGAUAAAAAUUUCGACAAACCUUUAGAUGUUACAACGAAAGUCGGGGAAGUAAGUGAUGUUUAGAGAUGUCUAUUUUUUGUAUAAUGGCUAGUGAUAAAUUCUAGAAUGUUGCUACUGUAGUCCCUUCUAGAAUUCGAACAGUUUCGUUGCAAUCAAUAUGGUUGGGAAUGUUUAUCUGCUUUUGAAGCUCAAUGGUAGAUAAUUAUUAAGAUGACAAUGAGAUGUUAGAAUAUAAUGCUUCUUGAUAGUUGACGCUUUAUUAAUCAUGUUGGAAAAGUAUAUUGUUAGUGGGAAAUUGUAGCUGUUAACAUUUCAAAAUAUGUUGUGGCAACUUUUAUAAUAUAUUUUACGUGUUACCGUACCUUUAAUAAAUGUUAAACAUUCAUAAAGCAAUCAAAAUGUUAUAACCUACAUGUUUUCUCUAGUUGUAUGAUUUUUAUAAAACUAUGAAUAUCUAAAUUAUUGAUUUCUACAUAAUCAAAAAUGUUCACUGAAGAACUGUUUUUUCAUCAGUCCACAGUGAUCUUCAAUUUAUCUUUUUUUAAUAAAAUACUAUCACACUAAACAAUAGAAAAUGAUACAUAAAUUCAAUUACAUCUUGCACCGGUUUCUCUUGAUUAAAAUCUAAAUUACUUGCACAAAUUCUUUCAAAAUUUAUCUUUUGGGUAUGCCAGGGUUUAGAGGGGUGUUUUUGAUAUUUCAGAGCUAUUUAUGUCUUUAAAAAAAAUCUACAAUCAAAAUGUAUAGUAGUAGUAUCGGUGUCUUCAAUGUUCUAUUAUUAUCAAUGGUGAUAGAAUUUCUAUAAAUCAAUUUGAAAUCUUAGCUUAUUAGUGUUUAAUAUAUAAAUGUGCCAAACGGUUCAAGAGCUUUCUAUAUAUUAUAUAUAUAUAUUUGCCGGCUUAGUAUGAAAUUGAUGUACAUAAUUUUGCAUUUUAUAAAGAAUGUUUCAUAAGUUUAAAUAAAUGUUUAUAAUAAAUUUUAAUGUUACCUUUUUGGCUAAACCACUUAGUGGUUAAGUAUGUAAUAAAUAUUCGAUGUUUGGAUUAUUGUAUUAAUAAUUAAAAAUAAGUAAGGUGUUAUAGCGUAAAACAUUUUCAUCGUUCCUCAUUUAUUCUGUUGAGAAAAAUAUUACAUGUUUCAUAUUUAUAAUUAAAUGCUUAUCCUAUUCAUUCAGAACAGUUUCUAGUGUUUUUAUCAAUAUGGCAUUCAAACUAUUUCAAUUUUUAUUGAAAAUUAACAGUUUUCAAACAAAUAUUACAUUUUUCUGAUUAAAAAUCACAUUUAUAUUGAAUAUGAAUUGGAGGACUAUGUAUUGCAGAAAAAGUUUGGACUUGACUCAGUUGAAAAUUAAUGGAGGAAUUAUUAUUGAAGACUAUUAAUUAGAAAACGAGACAUUUUAUUCAAAUAAAUUAAUAACUUAUACUUAAAUAAGUUAUACAUUUAUUUAGAAAUUGUAAAUUAUAUAAUUAUAAACCUGCCUCAUUUUCAUAAAAACACUAGAACUAAUAUUAUAUGUGUGGCCUUCUUUUCAGUUGAAAUUUAGAACAUAAUAUAAUUUCCAUGGAUAAAAUUAGUUCAACAUUUCCAUUGAAAUAUUCAGCUGCAUUUAUUUACUAGAGGCCUCUAUACAGCCUCAUCAAUUAUUUAUAAAUGUGCAAUUGAAAUACUUUAUCGCAUGACAGUGUCUUAGGAUAUAAUAGAUAUAUUGAUGUGCUAUUUUAUGUAUUACAAUAAUUACUGUAUCAGUAUUAUUCAAAUUAUAUUAAAGA